AUAAAUAUGCCCCGCUAUCGUGAAUGGGAUUUGGCAUGCAAAGUCUAUGUGGGCAAUUUGGGCUCAUCAGCAUCGAAAUAUGAAAUCGAAAACGCAUUUAGCAAAUACGGCCCACUGCGUAAUGUUUGGGUGGCACGUAACCCACCAGGUUUUGCCUUCGUUGAAUUUGAAGACAGACGAGAUGCUGAAGAUGCAACCCGUGCUUUAGAUGGAACUCGCUGCUGUGGUACCCGCAUUCGUGUUGAAAUGUCCUCUGGUCGUUCACGCCGUGACAGUAGACGUCGUGGUGGAAACAGCGGCGGAGGUGGAGGCCGGGGCGGUGCUAGCGAAUCAGUCAGUGGCCGUAGUGCAGGUGGCGGCAGUGCUCGUUACAGAUCUCGUUCGCCCAGAAGGACCCGCAGCCGUUCACGCAGUUUUUCACGUGACAGACGCAGCAGAUCGGAUUCCCGUGAUCGCCAUUAAAGUUUGAAACAACAAAAAUGUGUAU